ACGAAGCGGUUGCAGCAGCAGCAGCAGCAGCAGUGGCGCUCAGUUUGAACGGAGAACUCAAACGAAACGAAAGACCAAGAUUCAGAAGGAGCAUUCAUGAAGAAAUUCGAUUUGUGCCAAAGAGACUUGAGAGAUUGAUGACUGCUUGAUGAGAUUAUCAGCUCAGAUGUCCCUAAAGGAUUGUUAAUCGUGCAACGAAUCGUGCGUAUGGGCCAGGCCGAGUUGGGAAGUUAGCAAAAAGCCCAAGCAGAACGAAUAUACACGCGAAAGUUUCGCUCAAGUGUUGUUAAGUGUCGCAAAGUUCGCCGUGAUAGUUAAGUGUGCUCGCCAAUUCAGUUUACUCACACGUUGGCCUUUUCCGCAAAAGUUUUCCCGGCCAGAAACCCACUGCCCAGGCUCACAUCCGUCCUUUUCCUGCCUGCCUGCCUGCUUGCCUGCCUUCCUUGCUUCCUUCCUUCCUUGUCCUGCUGUCAAAAUGUUGUGCCCAGAACAAUUGAAGUUUUGACAACAAAAUUUAGUUAAGCAAAGCUGCACCCAUUUCAUAUUCUCCUUUUUUUUGCGCUGGGAGUGGAGUGGCGGCAAAUUUCUGGUGAACUUUUGGCAGCCUGUCGGUGUGGCUUUGGUUAACUAGAGAGUGCCACACGAGCGCCACCCCCCCACCCACAAAAGCGAACAGCGGGAACGUGUGAUGUGAAUGCGCUGCAAUGGAUCUGAAGACUGGCACACUACUGGUUGCACCCGCCGUGAAGAACUCCAGCUGCUCGCAUCCCCGCUACUCAGGCCACAACUUCAUCGCCCACAUCGGCAUUGCGGAGACCAUAGAGGCGGUUCUCAUUCUGGUCCUCACCCUGGGCGUCAUCGGAGCCAAUUGUCUGGUCAUUUUCGUCAUAAACAACCGUCGCUAUGCCGCCUACAUCCACCAACAGCCACGCUAUUUGCUCACCUCUCUGGCACUGAAUGACCUGACAAUUGGCCUGCUAAUUACACCGUUUGGGCUAAUGCCGGCAUUGUUCCACUGCUGGCCAUAUGGCGAGAUCUUCUGUCAGAUACAGGCCCUGCUGCGUGGAGCGCUCUCACAGCAAAGCGCCGUGAUACUCGUGUGCAUGGCCGUCGACCGAUAUAUGUGUGCGUUGCAUCCGCGUCGCUACUACCAGCACUCCAGCAAGAAGGGUUGUGUUGCCAUAUUAAGUCUAACCUGGAUCAUCAGCCUCACGGUGUUCGGCUUUCUUGUGCUGCCCAAAGGUUACUACUUCAACAAUACAGGUCUAAUGGCCUGCGAACCCUUCUAUAGCAAGCCGUCGUAUAGAAUUUUAUCCACAUGCGCCCUGUACUUCCCCACCACCAUGGUGCUGAUGUACUGCUAUGGGUCCAGCUUCCACAUGAGCCGGUUCCGCCUGAAUGAUCCGACAAUGCCCCUCACGGCGGCCGCCCACCAUCCGCAUCCGCAUCUUCAUCCGGCCCAGCAGCAGCAGCUACAGCUGCAACAUCAGCAUCAACAUCAGCAUCAGCACCAACACCAACAGCAGCAUCAGCAGCAUCAGCAGCACAUCUACCAUGGCCACUCGCAUCAUCCGCACCAUCCGCAUCAUCAUCAUGGGGCACCCGUAAUGGGGCACCACCUAAGCAUGGCCAUGAGCAUGGGACUGGCCGGGAUGCCGAGCAUGACAAACAAGAUUACCAAAAAGAUGGUUCCCAUCCAGGAGAAGAACUCCACAGGGUCCACGUCACGUUCGAUGGCCGCCAUUUCGUUGGGAUUCAUUGUUAUGGUCACACCAUGGACCAUACAGGAGAUAGUCACUGCAUGCACUGGCUCCAAGUUGCCGCCGUUUCUUGAUUUUGUCGUCACUUGGACAGCACUGAGCAACAGUUUAUGGAAUCCCUUCAUGUAUUGGCUCCUCAACUCCGACUUCCGCCGUCUCAGUCGUCAAUUGAUGCCAAACAAAUGCUUCCCCAACGAGGAAACGCCCGAGCACAAAUCAGCCUGUUGUCACAUCAAUGCAAACGAUUUCGAAAUCACAACUCUACCCGUCCCACCGGAGCCGCCCGCCUCUCGGCCGCCGGGCAACAAUGGCGGGAUCGGGGGUGCGGUUAGUUCUGGGACAGCCGGAACGGGCACUGGAGCCGGUGGAAUUGGCAGCUCCAUUGGCGGUUCUGUGCUCGGCAUCUGCGGACGCUCCAGGGCCAACAGUUUGAGCCGCAGUGCCUCGCAGUGCAUCCGGAGCACGAUGGGAGGCGGACACGGCUACGCGCACCAGGCAUCCGCCAACGAUGCGUACCCCACAAUGCGGCCCGACAUCGAAGGCCUCUCCGAGAAGUACUGGGGCGAAAUUCUCGAACGUACCGUAAGCUCGGGCAACCUCAACGCCAUGCAAAAGAGCUUGCCCCACUUUCCCUACCACCACCACAUGCACCAACUGCACCAGCCGCAACAGCACUAUCGCCAGCAGCAACAGCAACAGCAGCAGCAGCAGUCACAGCUGCAGACCACGUCCUUCAGCAAGGCCAGCGAUCUGCAGCUGAAUCUGUGCAAGGACUCAACUUCCGCCUCCGAUCUGGGCAAGUUCUCCAACUCGGAGCCCAAGCUGUGCGAGCACCUCUUCCACGACGUCAACUGCGCCAAGAGCAAGGCCCUCGGAGCCGGCGGCGGUGAGGCUGAGUCCUCCGGCAAGUUGUCUGCGGGUCGCAGCAUUCCGGACAUUUAGUACGCAGAGGACGUCAUACUCGCCAGCCAGAGGGCCCGUCAGGCCAUCAAGUGCUCGCACCAUCCGCUGCACCAGCAGGCCCGGCUGCACCAUGGCGUCCACCAUACCAGCAGUUUGCGGCUGAAUCGCAUCCGCGUCUCCUGCCACAGUCCGCCGCCGGAGGCCUCAGCCGCCUCUUCUAUGGACGAGUAUCGUUCGUAAAGACAAAUCCAUUUAAAGGGGAAAUGGUUUAACCAUAGAAUGAGUAUGUGUGUGUGUGUUUGAUCGCAUGAUCAUCCAAAUGUAAUAUGUGUGUCGUCUAUUAUGUAGGAUUUCAAUACAAAGAUAUCGUAAAUAUUGGCCUGCUGUAGAUCCUUUGCUUUAAGAACUUGCCCAUCGAAUCGGAUCGGAAUCGGAUCGAAAUCAAAAUCGGCCAUGAAAAUCAAAUGUUAACCAUAGUAAGUGUUCAUUCAGUGUUUGUGAUACCCUAAGAUACCCCGCAGCAGCAGAAGCAGCAGCAGCAGCAGCUGAGAGAUAAAUAAAUGUUGAGUGUUGUUUUGUCUGUGUAUUGUAUGAUAUUAUAUUAGAUAUGUGAAUGUAUGUGUUGUGUACUAUGUGUCUAUCUAUUGAUCAACCAGGUUGACUUGAGCAAAAGAGAAUAAAGCUGUCCAGAAGGCUAAAAUGUAAACUCUACAAGAGAAGUCAGACUUUCCUCUCAGAUAUUGUGUGUAUGUAUGUACAAGUAUGUAUUCCCCCUCUAUGAGCAUUCGUUUCCCUCUUCAGGAUCGGGUAUAUGAAUGGAUAUGAAUCUUAAAGCGUUGUGGUUAAUCAUAGUCCUAGUUCUGUAGCUCCAAUCAAAUCUGAAUACUUACUAAUGAAACUACGAGUAUAUUCACUGUCUAACGAAUCGGAAUCAAAAUCAAAUCAAAUCAAAUCCUAACUUUUGUGAUUGUCAUGAAUUUAAGUUAGUCGGUGUAAAAUUAUUGUUAAAUCAUCCUCUAAUUUGUAGCUAUAACGUAUUAGUUAAAUCAAAUCAAUUUACUCUCUAAGUGAACUUUAGUUUAGAACUUAAAAAUAAUACAACAAUAGAUAUGCAUAGGAUAAACGAAAGAUAACUACGAAUAUAAAUGGAUUUAAAGGCAAAAAUAAAUAUCAA